UUUUUUUGUGAAUGAAAGAAGGAGGUCGCCAGCGGUCCCGGGCACCUUCGGAGCGGGCGGGGCGGAGCGGAGCAGCGGCGGCCUCGCCCCAUCGCCGCUCCAGCCUGCGCGGCCCGAGGACCCGCGGCGGCGGCGCGGCCCGGCCCGGCCGCCCGAGGUGGGAGCGGCCGCGCGCAGCCCGGCUCCGGCGUCUCCUCCAUGACAUUGGGCGCCCGGGGCGCGGGGCGAUGCUGAUCCGGAAGGGGCGAGGGCUGCAGUGGCGCGCGCGGCCGCUCCCGGGCCGCCGUCCGGCCCCGGCUGCCGGGCGGAGUUUCUGAUCUGACGCGCCAGGGCCCGGGCCUGUAGCAGCGGCGGCAGCCCCGGCAGCAGCUCCGGCAGCAGCUCGGCGGCGCCGGCAUCGCCCUAACUUGCACGCGCGGAGUGACCCCAGACAUUUCACUAAGAUGAGCGUGCUUAGCAGGAAGCGAUGUGUUCCUUACACUAGAAAUCACCCCGUCACAUGUAGUGGUGUCCCAAUUAAUGGCUUCUGACAUGGAUUAUGAAAGGCCAAACGUAGAGACCAUCAAGUGCGUUGUGGUGGGGGACAACGCCGUGGGCAAGACCAGGCUCAUCUGUGCCCGGGCCUGCAAUGCCACCCUCACCCAGUACCAGCUGCUCGCCACCCAUGUGCCCACGGUGUGGGCCAUCGACCAGUAUCGGGUAUGCCAGGAGGUUCUGGAGCGCUCCCGAGAUGUGGUAGACGACGUCAGCGUCUCCCUGCGCCUCUGGGACACCUUCGGAGACCACCACAAAGACCGCCGCUUCGCUUAUGGGAGGUCCGACGUGGUGGUUCUGUGCUUCUCCAUCGCCAACCCUAAUUCCCUUCACCAUGUCAAGACCAUGUGGUACCCAGAGAUCAAGCACUUCUGCCCCCGGGCACCUGUCAUCUUGGUGGGCUGCCAGCUGGACCUGCGCUACGCCGACCUGGAGGCUGUCAACAGGGCCAGGCGGCCCUUGGCUAGGCCCAUCAAGCCCAAUGAGAUUCUCCCCCCCGAGAAGGGGAGGGAGGUGGCCAAGGAGCUGGGCAUCCCCUACUACGAGACCAGCGUGGUGGCCCAGUUCGGCAUCAAGGACGUCUUCGACAACGCCAUCCGCGCGGCCCUCAUCUCCCGCCGCCACCUGCAGUUCUGGAAGUCCCACCUCCGCAAUGUGCAGCGGCCCCUGCUGCAGGCGCCCUUCCUGCCCCCCAAGCCGCCGCCCCCCAUCAUCGUGGUGCCCGACCCCCCCUCCAGCAGCGAGGAGUGCCCCGCCCACCUCCUGGAGGACCCGCUGUGCGCGGACGUCAUCCUGGUGCUGCAGGAGCGGGUGCGCAUCUUCGCCCACAAGAUCUACCUCUCCACGUCCUCCUCCAAGUUCUACGACCUGUUCCUCAUGGACCUGAGCGACGGGGAGCUGGGGGGCCCCUCGGGGCCGGGGGGCCCCCGCCCAGAGGACCCCCGGGUUCACCCCGAUCCACACCACCACCAUCACCAUCACCACCACGGCCGGGACUUCCUGCUGCGGGCCGCCAGCUUCGAUGUGUGCGAGAGCGUGGAGGACGGGGCGGGCUCGGGCCCUGCCGGGCUCCGGGCCUCCACCAGCGACGGCAUCUUACGGGGCAACGGGACAGGGUACCUGCCGGGGAGAGGCCGCGUGCUGUCCUCCUGGAGCCGGGCUUUCCUGAGCAUCCAGGAGGAGAUGGCGGAAGACCCGCUGACCUACAAAUCCAGACUGAUGGUGGUGGUCAAAAUGGACAGCUCCAUCCAGCCGGGGCCUUUCCGGGCCGUUCUCAAGUACCUGUACACGGGGGAGCUGGACGAGAAGGAGCGGGACCUCAUGCACAUCGCCCACAUUGCUGAGCUGCUGGAGGUCUUCGACCUGCGCAUGAUGGUGGCCAACAUCCUCAACAACGAGGCCUUCAUGAACCAGGAGAUCACCAAGGCCUUCCACGUCCGCCGCACCAACCGGGUGAAGGAGUGCUUGGCCAAGGGCACCUUCUCAGACGUGACCUUCAUCCUGGAUGACGGCACCAUCAGCGCCCACAAGCCCCUGUUGAUUUCCAGCUGCGACUGGAUGGCUGCCAUGUUCGGGGGGCCGUUUGUGGAGAGUUCCACCAGGGAGGUAGUGUUCCCGCACACGAGCAGGAGCUGCAUGCGGGCGGUGCUGGAGUACCUGUACACCGGCAUGUUCACCUCCAGCCCCGACCUGGACGACAUGAAGCUCAUCAUCCUGGCCAACCGCCUCUGCCUGCCGCACCUGGUGGCCCUCACAGAGCAGUACACCGUGACCGGGCUGAUGGAAGCCACGCAGAUGAUGGUGGACAUCGAUGGGGACGUCCUUGUGUUCCUGGAACUGGCUCAGUUCCACUGUGCAUACCAGUUGGCGGACUGGUGUCUCCACCACAUCUGCACCAACUACAACAACGUGUGCCGCAAGUUCCCGCGAGACAUGAAGGCCAUGUCCCCAGAAAACCAGGAGUAUUUUGAGAAGCACCGCUGGCCGCCCGUGUGGUACCUGAAGGAGGAAGACCACUACCAGCGGGCCCGGAAGGAGCGUGAGAAGGAGGACUAUCUCCACCUGAAGCGGCAGCCCAAGCGGCGGUGGCUGUUCUGGAACAGCCCCUCCUCCCCGUCCUCCCCUGCGGCCUCCUCCGCGUCCCCCUCUUCCUCCUCCGCCGUGGUCUGAGAUGCUGCCGCCCUCUUCCGACUCUGCUGCUCUUGUGCCCACCUGCCCUUGCCCCUCCGCUCUCUGCAUCGCCCCCUCCACCUCCCAGGGACCGGGGGACCCACCUAACCAGGACCCUAAAGGUGGGGCUGUUCUCCCCAGCCAACAGCUCAGCCAGAGAGGAGCCGGGCCCCGUGGGUCAGAACGGGGGCCCCCUUUGGAGGUCCCCAGUUGUGAAUCGGGACAGGGGACAGCUCCUGGGAGGUGGGAGCUGGGGGCAGCUCCUGAGAGUGCCGGCAUCGUGUCUCUGGGUUGGACAACCCUAGAGUCCAGCCGUGAGAGUUGUGGUCUGUGGAGGCAGCCCCCUCCCGGUGAGCACGGUGCCCAGGGAGGUCCUGCCUCUCUUGGCCCAUAUUUUUCUACCAGUGGACUUGGGGGUUGCAAAUGUUUUGUGGGCAUUUCCACACGGAGCCAACUCAGACCCUCACUGGAGAAGUCAGGGUAGACAAGCCUUCAGGGCCCCGCUCAAGGCUUCCAUUUCCUGGGUGCAGCUGCCGGAGGCCACCCCUCCCGGGGUGCCGGCCUGCCUCCCAGCCGCCAGCAUCCGGCCUGGGAAAGGGGUGUGGAGUUGUUCAGAGCUCCGGGCCUGGAAGCAGGGUCUCCCGGUGCAACGAGAAACGUCUCCCUCCACUCUCCUUCACACUCCGAGAUGGGAUCCAAAGCAAACAGCUAGAACGGGGGAAGAAGGAAGGGGGUGAAGGGGUCUGGACGCGGCGAUCCUGGGCUCCUCUAGUUAGCAUGGCUUCUUGCAGGGUGGGACAAAAAUUAGCAAAAAAGAAAAAAAGAAAAAGCAACAAACAAUCACCACCAACAGAAACACUCUAGCCUCUGUUCCCUCCAAGGAAGGACAGAAAAAGACCCUGUAGGGCUUACAUUUUAUAAAACCAAACAGGCCCCCGCAUUGACGAGGCAAAGGCUUAGACUAUAGAAAGUGUUUCCAGUCCUGAGGAAAGGGCUUUUGCUGGCUGCCGGAGUCUCUGGGGCAGCACCAAUCCCAGGCCUCCAGCGGUAGGCAUUGGGGACCCGUGGGUUUGACCAUGGCCUUGGAUGGUUACUGUUGCCCAUCACGAGCGGCAGGUUAUCCUCCUCACCUUCAGAGGUGACCCCGCAGAAUGUGUUUUGAAAAUAGGGUUGGGGUAGGGGUCAAGGGCCAGGAAAAAGGUCACUGACUUGGGAACAGGAAUCUCGGUGAUGAAGUGUCCUAGGACAGGACCUUCCUCAGUGCUGGUUUGGGAUAAAGGGAAAUAGGGAGGAUGGAGCAGGAGCAGCUCCAAAGUCGGUCCAGAGAAGAGGCGGGAUGAGACAGGGAUGAGGACAGCGCUUGCAGCCCCUCCGGGGAGAAGCUGGGUCGCAAGGGUCCUAUUUCACUCGCACAUCCUUUCUAGACAGAAGACAGAGUCUCUCUGAUGAGGGUGGAGCCUGGCCUGAGGAGGGACUGGCUUCCACCACCGAGUCAGGCUUCAGGUCUGGGAGAGAACAAACUUGACACAAAGGAAGCCUUUGUAACUACUUAGUGGUGCCAAGACCUAAAGAUUUCAGGUUAAGUCUGUCUGAAGAAGAAGCAAGAGGUGGCUAGAGCUGCAUGACCUAUGCUGUCUGAGCCCCAGACUUCUCCAAGGCCCUGGCUACCUCCCCUCAGGGUGGCUGCUGGGUAUGCCGGUUGCGUGCUGCCCUCUGCUGGCCAGUCUGUGGUCUCGGGGGAGGCUGGGGAGCAAUGGGAGGGGCAGGGUAGGUUAAUGUCUGGUGGGAAGAGCUCUGGGGAAGGAAACAGGAGCCACAGGGUGUCCCAGGAACUGCAGGUGAGAAUGAGAGCCAAGGCCUAAAGUCCACGAGGAGGGGAAAUGGGAGCCCAUGAGCCUACAGGACAGCCCUGGCCAGUGGGGGAGCAAGGGAAGGUGGCCCAGGAGGUGCAGGAAGCUCACAGGAGAGGCACCACGGACUCCUCACAGCAACCAGGACCAGCUGACCCCUCAGGGACUCGCCACCCCUCCUGACUGCUCUGUCAGAGCUGGUCUGUACCAGGGACCCAGGAGGCCCAGGUGUAAGCCAGAGACACCACCUGAGGAGGCUGGAGGUUGGGGGGCCGGGUCAGGCCUGGUGCUCCCCUCUCCCGGGAGUAAGGGCAUAAAGAAGGGGCUACAAUUCCAGUCCCCGUGGCCCUGACACUUGAAAAUUCAGAGUCAGAGCAGGAACCCGGCCAUGUGGGGCCAGUGAAAGCAUCCAGGGAAAGGAAGGAGCGAGUCCCACAGCAAGAAUGGACAGGACAGCCCAGUACUCCUCACGUCACUCAGCGUUCCAGAGAAUGGGAGGACGGACGCGGAGGAAACAACAAACCCACACUCUUUUUAUAUAAGGUUUCAUAUUUAAUUUGGUCAUGGAUUCAUAAAUACAUGAAUAUUUUGUACUU